CUUUGAUUUCGCCAAAUAAAAUUGUCGCGGUUCCCCGGAAGCCGUGGUUGCUGCCAUGGCCAGAAGGGCUUUGAAACUGGCUUCGUUGGCCACGGUGGCUGCCGCCUCCACUGGCUUCUACCUGUACAGCAGCAAACCCCUGGAUCCCAAUGACUUUGGAGUUGUUCGAGUCGGCAGAGCAAUUGCCACAACUGCAGUUAUCACAUAUGACUACCUCACUUCCCUGCGGAACAUUCCCCGUGGGACAGAAGAAUAUGACUAUGUUAAAUCACAGGUGCACUGGCGCUCUGCAGAACGUCUCCGUGAUCUGUGCUGUGCCAACCGAGGAACUUUCAUUAAAGUGGGACAGCACCUGGGGGCUCUUGACUAUCUUUUGCCGGAGGAAUAUACUCACACACUUAAAGUGUUACACAGCCAAGCUCCCCAGAGCAGCAUGCAAGAGAUUGAGCAAGUGAUCCGGGAGGACCUGGGCAAAGAGAUUAAAGAGUUGUUUGUAAGUUUUGAAGACACACCGUUGGGGGCAGCAUCUCUGGCGCAGGUCCACAAGGCUGUGCUGCAGGAUGGGAGAGCUGUUGCAGUGAAAGUCCAGCAUCCUAAAGUUCAGGCGCAGAGCGCGAAGGACAUCCUGCUCAUGGAGGUCCUCCUUCUGGUUGUGAAGCAGAUCUUUCCAGAUUUCGAGUUCAUGUGGUUAGUAGAAGAAGCAAAGAAGAACUUGCCUCUGGAGCUGGACUUCCUUAAUGAGGGGAAGAAUGCUGAGAAGGUGGCUCAAAUGCUCAAGUGCUUUGAUUUUCUGAAGGUCCCUCAGAUUUAUUGGGAACUCUCAACAAGGCGUGUUCUGUUCAUGGAGUUUAUGGAAGGUGGACAGGUGAAUGACAAGGCCUACAUGGAGAGGAACGGCAUCAAUGUCAAUGAGCUCUCUCGCAACCUGGGGAAGAUGUACAGUGAAAUGAUCUUUGUGAAUGGCUUUGUGCACUGUGACCCUCAUCCUGGCAAUGUGCUGGUGAGGAAGUGCCCAACCACAUGCAAGACACACAUCAUCCUUCUGGACCAUGGGCUGUAUCAGACCCUGACAGACAGCUUCCGCUUGGACUACUGCCGACUCUGGCAGGCCUUGAUCAAAGCUGAUAUGAAGCGGGUGCAAAAAUACAGCCGGAGAUUGGGAGCUGGUGACCUGUAUCCCCUCUUUGCUUGCAUGCUCACUGCCAGGUCCUGGGAAUCGGUCAACAGGGGCAUCGACCGGUUGCCGGUUACAGCGAAAGAGGAUGUGGCAAUUCGGACCAACGCUGCCACUUACCUACCUCAGAUCAACACGCUUCUCAACAACGUCCCUCGCCAGAUGUUGCUGCUACUGAAGACCAACGAUUUACUGAGGGGGAUCGAGUCAGCUCUGCAAACGCGAGCCAGUGCCAGCUCCUUCCUCAACAUGUCCCGCUGCUGCAUCCGAGCGGACUCCGCGUAUCAGAGGAGCAAGACUGAUUCGCUCUACAGGAAGGCACAAAUAUCCCUCUCUGAAGCCCUGGGCCUGUGGCAGAUCAACUUGUACGAACUCUUCCUGCGGCUGAAAGGCUCCCAGCUGGGGAACUGGGUCAUCGCUUUCUUGAGCUGGAUGCACCACUGCUCAUAG